AUGGCCCCGAAGAGAGAAACGCGGCCACCUCUUGCGGACAACAUCGGCCAACGGUACUCCAUGCUGGACUGGGCAUUCGACAAGGGUCAUCGUGCCCGUUUCAUAGAGAACGGAGAGAUGCUCCAGCCACUGCGCAUGAGGGGUCACGGGGUUCAUGGGCAUAUGGACUACGACGAGCGCUACGCGCCGUUCUUCAAGAAAGCCCGUCUGUUGGGUUUCGUGUUGCAGUUCAAGCGUCAGCCGCCGACGCUUGUCCACGCAGCUCUCACAGCUCUGAUUGACCGGUGGCGACCGGAGACCCAUUCUUUCCAUCUGCCAUGCGGGGAGAUGACGGUGACCCUAGAGGACUGGGGGAUGAUUACUGCCAUGCCAAUCGAGGGUCAUGCACUCACCGGUCGAGUGGAGAGGACCAACUGGCAGGAGAGGGUCACCACCCUCAUCGGCGACUGCCCCGGUGCCAAGAGUAACCGUACAUCCGGUGUGCCGUUGACCUGGCUCUCGGAGCACCGGAAGACAUGCCCCCAAGGCGCAGAUGAGGCGACUGUGGAGUUGUACGCGAGGGCCUAUCUGUGGUAUAUUCUCUCGGAGCUCAUGUUUCCAGAUAGCUCCGGGAACUCUGCCAACUGGGCGUAUCUGUUCUUCCUAGCGGACUGGGAUGCAGGGUACAGUUGGGGGACCGCAUCUCUCGACUACCUAUACCGUUCGCUUGACGACGCAACGCAGAGGAUGGGAGACAAGUCCAAUAUUGGUGGCUUUGUCUGGGCCUUCUCCAUUUGGAUGUGGAAGCGGCUGCCGGUGGGGCAUCCGGAGAAGUUGCGAAGACGCCCAUGGGAAGACUAUAGCGAAGACGGCGACGAGACUCGAAACCCCACCGUAGCUUACGAGUGGGACGUUGUCAAACUCUACACGGGCCUAAACAAGACUUCAUACAAGACCUACACCAACGAGUUGGACGCUUUGACGCAUACGCAGGUAAACUGGUGGCCGUAUUGACAAGACCGACAGUGGGACUUUGAUCUGAACGUGAUGUGCGAUGCGGACCGUGGUCUCUGGCGGUGCAUCGUGCCCAUGAUCUGUGUGUACGCCGUCGAGUGGCACUUGCCAGAACGCAUGGCCACGCAGUUUGGGAUUUAUCAGCAUACCCCACCGGGCCAGCCCACCGAUACCGGCGGCCACGCGCUCCACCUGAUGAGCCGGCAGAAGAAUCAGUCGAUCACAGACUGGGGAGAGGAGCAUAAGACUUACGUGGCGGCGUGGGACCGAUGGAGGUACCGGAAAGACGUGGAGAGGAAACCUGUAGCCACACAGGGUCUCAUUGGCUCAUCGAGCCAUGCUCCCUCGUCGUCUAGGUUGGUUGGGGAGGAGGAUGAGGAGGAGGAGGAGGAGGAGGAGGAAGAGGAUGAGGAGGAGGAGGCCACACAUGAAGAAGGGGAGGAGGAUGAGAGCAACGGGGAGGAGGAGUACGAUGAAGAUUAUGGACCUCCACCAACUCAAACAUCUCAAGCAUCUCAGCUGCCGAAGAAGAGGAAUCCGAAGAAGAAGGAUUUGCUGAGUCCGGACCCUUUCCAGAAACCGGUUCCUCGCCGGCCCAAGAAGAAGACCGUAGAGACUCAAGACCCUACCGCCAGGCAACCUGGCGGUAGGGUUACACAGCCUACCGCCAGCCCCCCUGGCGGUAGGGUGAACCUACCGCCAGGGCCCUUGCAUAUUUUGUUACGGAAACUUUCGGCAAAACCCUGCCACACCUUACCGCCAGGGUCUCUGGCGGUAGGGUUAGACAGCCUACCGUCAGGUUGCCUGGCGGUAAGGCCCAGCACCGGCAACGCAGCCAGCCCCACCAUGGACGGUACCCGCGUGAAGAGCGACACUUACUGUGCGUUGACGGCCGCCGUCCACGCCACGUUCGUCGUGCCAAUGUCCGUCACGGACCAGAGCGCCACUGUCGCGGUGUCGCCGCCAUCCGCGCCCGCCGUGGCUUCCCGGCACCCAGCUCCUUGCCCACGUGCAUGCGUCCGCGCGGAGAUGGUGGAGAUCGACGAGGAGAAGAUGUGGAGGUUCGCAGAGGCGAUUUUUGAGGGGCUGACGGCGGCGGAGGAGAGAUCGCUCUUCGGGCGCGGUGGGUGCAAGCAUCCACUGCAGGUUCUGUUGUGGGCGAUGGAUCAGGCGGAUUCGCCGGUGAGAUCCGUGGCGAGGAAGUGGGUGGCAUUCACCUCCUUCGAGACUACGAAUCUCGCGCCGACCAUGAGGGAAUCGGUCCUCAAAUCCCGCGAGGGGGUCCUGGCCCUCGCUGCUCCAGGGUCGGCCAUGGCGCCGAUCAAGAUCCGCGAGGACCCGGUGGAACAACCACCACAGGAGGUGGUGAGGAUGUCGCGUCGCUCCGCUCGACUUGCUUCGGCUCCUGCAACCCCGACGCCACGCCACUCGGCACGCCUCGCCGGAAUCGAUGCCUGA